AACAUCAGUAUCCUGCCAACUUUCACGGGGGUAGGUAGUCAUUCUCCGUCCGGUGCAUCUUGACUGGAAGCGCGUUUGGUCAAAUUUUUGCGUUUAUUGAGAUGAUAGUGAAGGGAAAUGGCGGCGCUCUGGAGGUGAUAAACGGCGAGGAGGAGGACGAGGGCGCCUACAAGAUGUAUUCGCCUAUUAUGAAGGUGUUAAGAGAAUGUAACUCAUUCUUCUUGCAAGGGCUGGUCAGUGCACAAGGGGAGUGCCGCCCCCUGCUGGCGUGUGGGCGGCAGGUGGGCGUAAUCAGGCCAGAUGUCGCCUGUUACCUGCUGGACUACCCACAAGUCUUCACGCCCACGCCCACUGCCUUCCUGCUGCACCCUCAGCUGGACUCGUACACCAAGAGGAGCAGCGCCGUGGACCUGGUGUUGCGUGACCUGAGAGCGAAGAAUGUGCUGAGUGCGUUGCGUGGGUGGCGGGACGAGCGAUUUUGCGUGUGGGGACAGUUCGGCGUAGGGGAACCGCUGUUUGAAAUUGAGAGAUCAGCUGUCACACCUUUGGGCAUUCGAGCAUACGGCACGCACAUCACAGGCUACACACACUCCCCUGAGGACGGGCGGCUCAGGAUAUGGGUACAGAAGCGCGCCUUUGAUAAACCCACGUAUCCUGGCAUGAUGGACUCAAUGGUGGGCGGCGGCGUCACUGCAGGGAUGGCGCCGCGGCAGGUCAUGCUGAAGGAGGCACACGAAGAAGCGGGCAUUCCGGAGCAUCUGGCCAGCACUGCGGUGGCUGCCGGCUGUGUCUCGUUCUUCAGGGAGUCCGAGCGCGGCCUUCACGCCAACACAGAGUUUGUGUAUGACCUGGAGUUGCCGCCUGACUUCGUGCCGAGGAACGUGGACGGCGAGGUGGACAGCUUCGAGGCCGUCACUGUGGAGGAAUUCCUCUCUCGUGUCACGUCAGCCAAAUACAAGUUAACCUCAGUUCCCGUUGCCCUUGACUUUCUGAUUCGCCGAGGCUUCAUCACGCCAGACACGGAGCCGCAGUACCCGGGUCUUCUGGAGCUGCUGCACGUGCCCCUCCACCACCUGUACGCUCCACACGCCCCCGCGCCCACUCACUCAUGCCCUCCAGCCUCCCCGCCACCCUCGCCGCCCUCUGAGUCCCCCUCCAAUGCCUUGAUGCUUAGUGAGGUUUGAGUGUGUUGGGUUAAGUUAGGUAGGGUGGGUGUGUGGUAGAGAGAGGGGGGAGGAGGAAGAGGAGGAGGAGGACGAAGAGAAGAAGAAACAAGGGAAUAGAAGAGGAGAGUGAAAAAAAAUAAUAAUCACUAGAAAGAAGAAGAAAUAAUUAAAUAAGACAUUGAAGAGAAGGAAGAGGAAGGAAAAAAAAAAUAAGAUUAAGACUUUUAGCAAACCAAAUGUAGCUUUAGAUAAAAAGAAAUAAUAAAAAAAAACAUUUUGAAUAAAUACACAAAAUAAUCGUUCCUUUUUAAACGUUAGGAGAAAAAUAUUAUUGUUAUUGUUUUUACUACAACACAUAUUUAUUUUUAACGAAUAUACGUAUAUAUUUUUGAGCUACAGUAAGUUGUAAUAGUGAGAAAAUACAUAAAUAGAGAAUUGUUAAUAUUAUGUUCACAGUGAUAUUUGAAUUUUUGGUUGUAUACAUGAACACACACAUACACACACACAUCGUACAUAAUUAGUUUUUUCUUAGAUUUAUUAAAGAAAAUGUUAAGAUGAUAGUUAAAAGAUAAUGAUAGGAAAUAUUUUUGUAGGUAAAUGAGAGUUUUUGAAUAGUGUUAUGUAUACAUUUGAUAAUAUACAUAGGUGUACAUACUGGGAAGGUGUGUGUGUGUGUGUGUG